AAUCAAGCAUGUUGUGUAACUCAUGAAUUUGUGGUGAGAUCUGGUGAGAAGUUUCCUCUUUUUUCUCAGAUUGCUGUAAAAAAAAGAGUUUUUAAUAAGGGAGAGAGAGAGAGAGAUUGAGAUUAGAUUUUAUCGCUUUUGUUUGUGAUAUGGGUAACGUGAACGCGAGAGAAGAAGCGAAUAGUAACAACGCUUCUGCGGUUGAAGACGACGACGCUGAGAUUUGUUCUCGUGAAGCUAUGUCUGCUGCUUCUGAUGGUAACCAUGUUGCUCCUCCUGAGCUUAUGGGUCAAUCUCCUCCUCAUAGUCCUCGAGCCACUCAGUCUCCUCUCAUGUUCGCUCCUCAGGUUCCUGUGCUUCCACUUCAAAGACCUGAUGAAAUUCAUAUCCCAAAUCCUUCGUGGAUGCAAUCUCCAUCUUCGUAUGAAGAAGCUUCUAACGAGCAAGGAAUCCCUACGAUGAUCACAUGGUGCCAUGGAGGUAAAGAGAUUGCUGUGGAGGGAUCAUGGGACAAUUGGAAGACAAGAAGUCGGCUACAGAGAUCUGGGAAGGACUUCACAAUCAUGAAAGUGUUGCCUUCAGGCGUCUAUGAGUACAGGUUCAUUGUGGAUGGACAGUGGAGGCAUGCCCCUGAGCUCCCUUUGGCUAGAGAUGAUGCUGGGAACACUUUCAACAUUUUGGAUCUUCAGGACUAUGUUCCUGAAGACAUUCAAAGCAUAUCUGGGUUUGAGCCUCCGCAAUCUCCUGAGAAUAGCUACAGCAACUUGCUUCUGGGAGCUGAGGAUUACUCUAAAGAACCGCCUGUGGUUCCCCCACACCUACAGAUGACACUGCUGAACUUGCCGGCAGCCAAUCCGGACAUUCCAUCUCCGCUGCCGAGACCUCAGCAUGUCAUCCUCAAUCAUCUUUACAUGCAGAAGGGCAAAAGUGGUCCUUCUGUGGUUGCGCUUGGUUCCACUCACCGUUUUCUAGCAAAGUAUGUAACUGUGGUGCUCUACAAGUCCCUGCAGAGGAAGGAGACACACGAAGAGAGUUAUUUCCAGGCAAAGUAUUCCCUCGAUACGGCGAAUUUUGUUGUCUUUAAAGUUGUCAAUAAGUUUUACCAACAGAAUGAAGAUGCAGUAUUCAGUCAGUGUCUGUAAUCUUUUGAUUUGAAGACUUCAUCAUCUGUUUUUUUUUUAGCAUAGAAGAAUGCAGGAACGACUUCACUUGUAAAACCGGCAAAUCUUUUUUAUGGUUUUGUUUUGGGGCUUUCAAGUUUUUCACAACAGUUGUUGUCACCUGCCAGUCUUUAAAUUAUUGUUUGGUUUCAAAUCUAGCAAAGUCAUGUGUGAUUGUGACAGAUGAUCAUAUGCUUCUGCAACUUGUGUAACAAAGCAUCUGGAGAUCA